CAAAAACAGUGGGGAGGUGCUUCAUGCAGGUGAUACAGCAUUGCAAAAGACUCUCUCAGGGUCAUGAGGUACCUGAAGUCUAUACCUCCAAUAGGACCAUGGGCAUGAGGCAAGGGACAACGUGGACUGGUAUUAACCCAACUGCACAAAAAAUUUAAAGAUGCCUGUCAGUCAACUGUAAAUGUGUCUUUGGACUAGGGAAAAAAACCAGAGUACCUGGAGGAAAUCCGUGGAAAGACCAUCCAUAUACACGGGAGAGAAUCAAACCCCCAAACCUCAGAGCUCUGCUCCCCCAAACCCAAUGCAGACUCUGAUUAUUUCAAUCAUGAAGGGACACUACACUAUCUGGGCGCUGCUCUUGCUUCUGCCGUUACACACACAGGCGGGACGACAGAUGCCAAAACUCUCAGACAAGAAGCUAUGUGCUGAUGCAGAAUGCAGCCAUCCUAUCCUUAUUGCCAAAGCCAUUCAAGACUAUUAUCCCCAGGACUGUCACUUCAUUCCCAUCCACCAAGGCCAACUCGUCUACGUCUACGCCAUGCUUAAAGACCGGGGCAACCUAUUUUGGUCUGGCAGUGUCCAAGGAUCAUACUAUGGUGAGCAGGAGGCUCGUCUCGGCUAUUUCCCCAGCAGUGUAGUCGAAGAGACCCACGCUUUAAUGCCGGCUGAGGUUGAAGUCAAAACAAAUAAAUGGGACUUCUACUGCCCAUGAGAUGCUGAGAUCUUCCCAUGAGAUCCUUCCAAGUGAGAGGAUGUUAUUUUCUUGCACCUUAAGUUCUGUUACCAUGUCAAGCAUCUUUUUUCCCCAACAGUGACUUCUGCAGCAGCUUCAUUAGCAAAAACACUCUUUAAUUGACUUCAAUUUAAAGUAGCUACACACUGUUUAAACUGUUUUACACCAAAUA